CGCAGGCUAGUGACUUCCGAUUAGUACACCCCGGAAACUGCAGGCUGGAGAAUAUCAUAAAUUGUUAUUUUCCAAACAAACAGAGGUAAUCAAAACUUUUUCCUUUAUAUUAUGGGAUAAUUAGAAUAUAAGUAACUAUCCCAUUCAUGACUUUAUAGUCGUACUUACCUUUCUGAAAUAUGGAUCUACAACGGCAAAAUGGCGGAAGUCGCCCAUUCUGAUGUAGUGUUGCUGUGCAUGAUGUACAUGAAAUAUUUUAUACGAUGUCUCUAAUUAACAAUGCAGACGAUAAAGUGUGUUGUGGUAGGAGAUGGUGCAGUAGGUAAAACUUGUCUACUCAUCUCUUACACAACCAACAAGUUUCCAUCAGAGUAUGUACCAACGGUAUUCGAUAACUAUGCGGUGACAGUGAUGAUUGGUGGGGAACCGUACACAUUAGGUCUAUUUGACACAGCAGGUCAGGAGGAUUAUGAUAGAUUACGACCCCUCAGUUAUCCCCAGACUGAUGUCUUUCUGGUGUGCUUCUCUGUAGUGUCGCCAGCUUCAUUUGAAAAUGUCCGAGAAAAGUGGGUACCUGAAAUUACACACCACUGUCAGAAAACACCUUUCUUACUAGUCGGAACACAGGUAGAUUUACGGGACGAUGCAACAACCAUAGAGAAGCUAGCCAAGAACAAACAAAAACCAAUUACGUUUGAGCAAGGAGAGAAAUUGGCUAGAGAACUGAGGGCGGUUAAAUACGUAGAAUGUUCAGCAUUAACCCAAAAAGGUUUAAAGAAUGUAUUUGAUGAAGCUAUUCUGGCUGCUUUGGAACCUCCUGAACCACCCAAAAAGAAGAAGUGUGUUUUGUUGUAAUCUUUGAACUCAAGUCAGUUUCAUGUGUAAUCAUAGAAUGAUUUAUGAUUUCAACUUAUCAUCUGUGGAAAAAUCUUGUGCAAAAUUGAAAAUAAAAACCACUUUUAUAUAUGUCUGGAUAAGCAUUUUCACAGAUGGAAGAGUUCAGGUUGAAAUAAGAGAUUAUUGCAACUUUCUGAAGAAAAGGGAUAUUUGAAGUUGCUGAGACGGAAAAGACAGGUGUUAUUCUCAAGUGAACCCUUAGCACAGUGCUAUGGUUUUUUUUUUUAAUCCCAUAUGGGUCCAAUGAACACAUGAUUUGUAAAUAUAUAUAAUUGACCAACUUUUCCCUUUAUUUAUUUUAUUUCGGUGCCAAAAUCAGGAAGUGAUCUGAGAUAGUUCUGUGUGUUCACCCGAGAUGUGAAGGGCACGGUAAUCGAUUUUUUUCCCUUACAAAUGUAGGUCUCAAUGGCUUUUUAAUAUUAUAUUUAUUGUGAUGAGAAUUUAAAUUCAGAAUCAUUGUUGUCUGAUAUUAAACCAUUGAAUAAAGCAAUAUUCUUAUUAAAUUUUUGAUAGGAGGUAUUUAAUUCUUUAAAUACAAUAAAGGACUUGCUUGAAAAGUUAAGGCUCAGCACCCAUUGUAGACCAUAUUUAUAACUGUUAUUGGGAAUUCUCAUAAGAUUUUCAUUUUUCUUUUUGUAUUUUUCUUAACAUUGUGUAUAUGAUAUAUUGUGUAGAAUACUGUACAGGAUUUAUAAUUAAGAUUCUAGAAUUUAGUUUUAAUUGUUUAGUAAAAAUGAAUUCUUUGUUUUAACAUUUAUCUAGGAAGUACAAAGACAGUGUGCGUGUGUGUCUGCGCGAGUGCUAUUAUCAGCUUUACAGAACAUGUUCAGUGGUUACUAGGAAUUACACUGCAAUUUUUCUCCCCUUUUCAGUUGUCUGUACAAAAUUUGUUGAAAUUGCAUGGUGAAAAUUGGGUGUUAUAGAAAUGUAGCUUUGGUUCCUAUUGUUUUGAUAUGCAGUUGUUGGCAGUUGUGGACCUAUUUUUUAUCUGUGUAACCACUGUGUGUGGUGCGUUGAAGUUGUGACUAUUUGGCCGUGACCUUUGGUUAUUCACCUGUAUUAUGUACCUGCAUGUCUUUUGUCAUUUAUCUUGUCUAAACAUUUUAUUUUCACUAUACUGAAAUAAAGAUAAAGAGUCAGUA